AUGAAUGAUGUGAAGGGGCCGCUCGAAGGAGGGAUUCUCCCGAAGCACAGGACAACAGCCCUGGACACCACUAUGACUGGAGCCCACCGAGGCUCAGCUAGAAAACGCCUGCAUCUUUGCGCCAUUGUCCGGAACCAGACAAGCGGAACACAAACACAAGACCCUUCCCUUGGGUGGGAAAGAGGGGAGUGGCUGGCGCUUCAUGCAACCUCUGCUGUGGGAUUUGCUACUAGCCAGGCAUGUGCAGCGAGAAAAGAAAGUCCGCAGGCUGUAUCUCGCAAACCCGAGUUGGUGGAAUUAUGGCUUGGGAUCCGCAUGCACGGCUUCGCAACCCGUCAUGCUGCCGAUGCACGUCUGUACGCGCAGUGCACAUCAGUCAGUAUACACUUCUAUUUUGGCUCCGCAACCCUCGUCCUCCUUCUCACAACCACAGCCAAAGAUGACGAGGCGAGCCAGAAGAGUGACAGAUCAACGAGCCCCCAGUAA